CAUCACGUCGAGCACCCCACGCUCAGCUCUGAUUGGCUCAAAGCAACGGUCAGUUGACUCUGGAAAGCUCGAGAAGUUACCAGAGGGGAGACAGCGACUUAUAAAGUAACUGACGGUGAUGUUAACGGCAUCGAGACGACGAGAGCACCGACACAACGGACAGAAACAGAGACAGAAACCUCUUCUGAUCAUCUUCUCUUCAUUUUCUCAUCUUUUUAAAGAGGGAAACCUGUUUAAAACACCGAGAUGUCUGCAGUUAAAGGCGUAGCCAUCGGCAUCGACCUGGGCACCACCUACUCCUGUGUGGGCGUUUUCCAGCACGGAAAAGUAGAAAUCAUCGCCAACGACCAAGGCAACAGGACCACCCCCAGCUAUGUGGCGUUCACCGACACCGAGAGGCUCAUCGGCGACGCUGCCAAGAACCAGGUGGCUCUGAACCCCAGCAACACCGUGUUUGACGCCAAGAGGCUGAUUGGUAGAAAGAUUGACGAUCCAGUGGUGCAGGCGGACAUGAAGCACUGGCCCUUUAAGGUGGUCGGAGAUGGAGGGAAGCCCAAAAUUGAAGUGGAAUAUAAAGGGGAGAAGAAAGCCUUCAACCCUGAGGAGAUCUCCUCCAUGGUGCUGGUGAAGAUGAAGGAGAUUGCUGAGGCCUACCUCGGCCAAAAGGUGUCCAACGCGGUCAUCACGGUCCCCGCGUACUUUAACGACUCCCAGCGCCAGGCGACUAAAGACGCCGGCGUCAUCGCAGGACUGAACGUCCUGAGGAUCAUCAACGAGCCGACGGCGGCCGCCAUCGCGUACGGUCUGGACAAAAGCAAGUCGGGAGAACGCAACGUCCUGAUCUUCGACCUUGGCGGAGGCACCUUCGACGUGUCCAUCCUGACCAUCGAAGACGGUAUCUUUGAAGUGAAAUCCACGGCCGGAGACACUCACCUGGGUGGAGAAGACUUUGACAACCGCAUGGUCAACCACUUCAUGGAGGAGUUCAAGAGGAAACACAAGAAGGACAUCAGCCAGAACAAGCGAGCCCUGAGGAGGCUGCGCACCGCGUGCGAGAGGGCCAAGAGGACCCUGUCCUCCAGCUCGCAGGCCAGCAUCGAGAUCGAUUCCUUAAGUGAUGGUGUCGACUUCUACACCUCCAUCACCAGGGCUCGCUUCGAGGAGCUGUGCUCCGACCUGUUCAGGGGAACAUUGGAGCCGGUGGAGAAAGCCCUCAGGGAUGCAAAAUUGGACAAGGCACAGGUGCACGACAUCGUCCUGGUUGGAGGCUCCACUCGAAUCCCCAAAAUCCAGAAACUCCUGCAGGAUUUCUUCAACGGCCGAGAGCUGAACAAGAGCAUCAACCCAGACGAGGCGGUGGCGUACGGUGCUGCCGUCCAGGCCGCCAUCCUCGCCGGCGACACCUCGGGCAACGUUCAGGAUCUGCUGCUGCUAGACGUGGCGCCCCUGUCCCUGGGCAUCGAGACGGCCGGAGGAGUCAUGACGUCGCUGAUUAAGCGCAACACCACCAUCCCCACCAAACAAACUCAGACCUUCACCACCUACGCCGACAACCAGCCCGGCGUCCUCAUCCAGGUCUACGAGGGGGAAAGAGCCAUGACCAAGGACAACAACCUGCUGGGCAAGUUUGAUCUGACAGGAAUCCCGCCGGCUCCACGAGGGGUCCCGCAGAUCGAGGUCACCUUCGACGUGGACGCCAACGGCAUUCUGAACGUGUCCGCCGUGGACAAGAGCACGGGCAAAGAGAACAAGAUCACCAUCACCAACGACAAGGGCCGCCUGAGCAAGGAAGAAAUCGAGAGGAUGGUGCAGGAGGCCGACCGAUACAAGGCCGAGGAUGACCUGCAGAGGGAGAAAAUCGCCGCCAAGAACUCGCUGGAGUCGUACGCCUUCAACAUGAAGUCCACCGUGCAGGACGAGAACCUGAAGGGCAAGAUCAGCGAGGAGGACCGGAAGAAGCUGGUCGAGAAGUGCGACGAGGCCGUGGCCUGGCUGGAGAACAACCAGCUGGCGGAGAAGGAGGAGUACCAACACAAGCAGAAGGAGCUGGAGAGCGUGUGCAACCCCAUCAUCAGUAAGCUGUACCAGGGAGGAAUGCCGGCAGGCAGCAGCUGCGGAGAUCAGGCGCGCCAGGCCGGCUCCCAGGGGCCAACCAUUGAGGAGGUCGACUAAUGCCGAGUUUCCACUGCAUGGAACCAACUCAACUUGACUCACCUUUUUUUAAUUUUGGAUUUCCCUUAUGAAAACAAGUCCCUUGUAUGUACUCGACUCGCCUUUUUUAGUUCUCCAUUAUGAUAAAAACUCCCUGGUACACGCUAACAGAUACUUUUUGUAGUAAUACCUCAGUUGAGGUUCAGAGCGAGCGAGGUGAUACCGAAAGAUGACGUGAGAACCUGCAGACUGCUGAUUGGUCGGAGAGAAUCAUCACUAAUCACCGCGUCAUCAUUGCCUUUUUUUUUUUUUUGUCUUCUUCUACACUACUUACAUUUUAUAUUUUUAUAUUUCGUGUUGACACUGGAAAGGUUCUGCUUCAGGUACUGGACUUGUGUAUAAUGACAAAGGCAAUCUAUUCUGUUCUUUAGUGACAGA